UAUUUUUGGGCUCCAUUAACUCCUAGGUAGGUUGGUGAGUGUGUUCUCACUUAGUACUUACUAUAAUCUUUACUAAAAAUCCCAUCUUUCCCCCAGAAAAAAACAGAUUGUGGGAUAGUGUGCAGGAAAUGGUGGAAUAGUUGAUUGGUAUAUUCGUGCGUUGGACGGGGUGUUGAAAGCGACUGCGAGAAUACAAGUGGGAUAAGAGGAUGGAUAGUGGAAAAUUGGGAGGAUACUCCAAUCUCCAGUGCUUCUUAGAUUGCACCACUCCCACUGUGGAGAUCCAAUUCCUCUCCAAGCAUUCCUUCUCUGCAUGGCAAACUCCGGGGGCGGAAACCGUCAAGUAUUUCAACCUUGGCGAGCUCUGGGACCAGUACUAUGAGUGGAGUGCCUAUGGCGCGGGGACGCGAGUUCGCCUUCCCGAUGGGGAAACACUAGUCCAAUACUAUGUGCCAUACCUUUCCGCGAUCCAAUUGUACACCAACAAACCUUUUACUCCAUCUAGGAGCCUUAACGGGGAUCAUCGCAAUGAGUACGCGAAGCUAUCGACCUCAUGGAAUGGGGGUGCAUGGGAUGCUAGGAAAAGCUUCGGGCACUUGUGCUUUGAGUUCUUUGAGGUUUGUUCGCCGUACGGAAGGGUACCUUUUGUGGACAAGGUGUAUGAGCUAGCUCAUUACUUCUCGGGGUUGACAUCUCUUACGAGCGCCGAGCUUUCGCCAGCGAGUUGGAUGUCGGUUGCUUGGUAUCCGAUCUAUCAAAUCCCCGCCAAGCGCAAUGUGAAGGACUUGUCUACAUGCUUCCUGACUUACCAUACUAUCUCUGCUUCAUUUCAAGAUGAGAAAGAGAGCGAAACAAAAUCCGAGGAGAACUGGAACAAUGUAUCGCUCACUCCUUUCGGGCUUGCUACCUACAAACUUGAAGGGAGCCUCUGGAUUAAUCCUGAGACUGGCGACAGCGAAAAGAUCGCAUCUCUGUUUAGCGCUGCCGACUCCUGGCUCAAACAGCUCGGAGUCCACCAUCAUGACUUCAACUAUUUCAGCACUCACUCCAUCUGAAAACAAUGCAUGACAGUCUGACACCGGAACAAACUGCUUUGCUGCACCAGCAGCAGCGUCGUCGUUUAAGCUUCGAACUUGUGAUAUAAUUUCGUUUUUCUGCUUAGCUUGAACUUUCUGAAGCCGGUGGCAAUGAAUAGGUGGGUAAUUUAGUGCUUUCAUAACAGUCGACUUUCGGCGGUUUGAUUGAGGUUUCUGGGCUUGCAGGAUGGUCUGAAAAUUGCUAACAUUUGGACA